CAUGUACAGGGGUCUUAAAAGCUGGUGAUCUAGACACCUAGUCCUUCCUCUCUGGAUGUUAAUUCAAAGCAGCUUUCUCAUUUAAUUGUUGCUUGCUUUAUAGUUUAUUGAACCACCAGUUUGCUCCUUAUAAGAGGGAGUGUCUUUCUAUCCAUAUUGGCCAGGCUGGGGUCCAGAUGGGCAAUGCCUGUUGGGAGCUGUAUUGUCUAGAACACGGAAUCCAGCCGGAUGGGACCAUUCCCAGCAGCAAGGCCGCUAAACCAAUAGAGCCAGACACUGAACAAGUGGAUUCUUCUUUUGAGACCUUCUUCUGUGAGACUGCAUCAGGAAAGCACGUGCCCAGAGCAGUGUUCAUAGACCUGGAACCCACGGUCAUUGAUGAGAUCCGAAUUGGGAACUACCGUGCACUCUUCCAUCCUGAGCAGCUCAUUAGCGGCAAAGAAGAUGCCGCCAACAACUAUGCCCGGGGCCACUACACCAUUGGGAAGGAAAUCAUUGAUACUGUAUUGGGUAGAGUCCGUAAAAUGGCUGACCAGUGCAGUGGCCUUCAAGGGUUCCUGGUCUUCCACAGCUUCGGAGGAGGUACAGGCUCUGGAUUCACGUCCCUCUUGAUGGAGCGCCUGUCAGUAGAGUACAGCAAGAAGUCCAAGCUGGAGUUCUCGGUGUACCCUGCCCCACAGGUCUCCACUGCGGUGGUGGAACCCUACAAUUCCAUCCUGACCACCCACACCACGCUGGAGCACUCGGACUGUUCUUUCAUGGUGGACAAUGAGGCCAUUUAUGACAUCUGCAACCGGAAUCUUGAUAUUGAGCGUCCCACUUACACCAACUUGAACAGGCUGAUAGGACAGAUAGUGUCAUCUGUCACUGCUUCCCUGAGAUUUAAUGGUGCAUUAAAUGUUGAUCUGAUAGAAUUCCAAACUAAUUUGGUGCCUUAUCCGCGCAUACACUUCCCCCUCACUACCUAUGCACCCAUAAUUUCAGCAGAGAAAGCCUACCAUGAGCAGCUCUCGGUGCCUGAAAUCACCAAUGCUUGCUUUGAGUUCUCCAACCAGAUGGUGAAAUGUGACCCUCGCCGAGGCAAAUACAUGGCUUGCUGCCUGCUGUACCGGGGGGAUGUGGUGCCCAAGGAUGUGAAUGCAGCUAUAGCAGCCAUCAAAACCAGGAGGUCCAUCCAGUUUGUGGACUGGUGUCCAACUGGGUUUAAGGUGGGCAUCAAUUACCAGCCCCCCACAGUGGUGCCGGGGGGAGACCUGGCUAAAGUGCAGCGGGCCGUCUGCAUGCUGAGCAACACCACGGCUAUUGCAGAAGCCUGGGCCCGGCUGGAUCACAAGUUUGACCUGAUGUACGCGAAACGGGCCUUUGUGCAUUGGUAUGUGGGGGAGGGGAUGGAGGAGGGGGAGUUCUCUGAAGCCAGGGAGGACAUGGCCGCUCUUGAGAAGGACUAUGAGGAAGUCGGCAGGGACUCUGCAGAUGGGGAUGAGGCAGAUGAAGAUGAGUAUUAACUCAAAUCAAGUACAAACUCCAGUUAAUCAGGCUACAGCUGUGAUGGUGCUCAGGCAGCAUCUCUCAUGGGAUUCUCCCUUAAUAUAAAGGUUACCAGUUGAGAUAUUCUGUGCCCUCUUAUGCUUGCAUAAUCGAACGUGGCCAACUCUGUCGCAUGAGCGCAUACUUGCUGAAACUAUCAAGCUUCAUUGCUAGGUCUCUGAAAUGAAAUCUGAUAAGGCACCAGCUUAAUGCUUGGGGCAGAUUUUUUAGGUGCAAAGGAUACUAAUGUAUGAACCAAAGGACCUAAAGCUUGCAACACUCUCCUGCCCGAAACGUGAAGAUUCCUCUGCCUCUUUUACUGCUAACGCACCUUUUAUUAGAAACCAUGUGACAUUAAACUAUGUAUUUCAAUAAAAAUUAUUUGGCUUUAA